AUAGAUAUAUCUAUUAAUACGAAGACUGCAUUCACAUUUUAACAACAUGUAAUGUUAAACAACUGUUUAAUUCCGGUACUAAACUUAUACUUAGAAAAUAUUAAAAUUGAAAGCAUACAACGAUCGUCUAAAUAUAUUUAUAUAUUUAUAAAUAAGAAAAAUGUUAAAUUACAAAGAAAUGCAUCUCUUCUUCGCGCAAUUUCAAUAACAUCCUCCUGUUCAGUUUCUGUACCAUAGAAAUAAAGAGUUAAUUUAACGAACGAAUAAUUUGGAAUCGUUCUAAAUCGUUCAUAAAUUGAUUAUUAAAACUACAAUAAUUAAUCAUUUUCAGCCAACAGCCGUGCGUAAACAAAGAGUCAAGAGAUCCUCAAAACUUGUACCAAAAAUAAAUAGCGUAACACUUUGAUUCGAGAAUGAUGACUGACACUCAGUUUGUUGGAUAUUUAAAUAUGAUCCAUUACGUUCAAAUGAUUUCAGAUUAUCGUUCCUCGUUAACGCGGCAAACAUGGUAUAUCGUGUUUCACGGUGUAAUUACAUUGUAAUUGCGUGCACCCGAGUUUUCUGUAAGCAACGUGCUCCUAAAACGUCUGUUCGGGGGCCCCCCUCUUCUCUUCUUUCGUUCCCUUCCAUCAUGAGCACCAACUCGACACGGUGCUCUGUAUCGCGGACAACAACGUUCGCCGAGUUCUACAAUUGCAACUCAUGGCACACGCGACAGUCGGUUCCUCCGUCGAGACAAAUAAGCACGAUAAAAAAAGUACACGCGAAAAUGUCGCCUGUGAAACAACGGAGAACACCACACCGGAUACCAUGCAACAACCCUUACCACCGGACGGAGGAUGGGGCUACGUUGUUGUUCUUGCAUCCUUCUUGAUCCACGUAAUUACUGACGGGUUGACUUAUUCCUUUGGAGUAUUUUACUUAGAGUUUUUGUACUAUUUCGAAGGAGGAAAAGGCGCGACAGCGUGGAUUGCGUCGAUAUUAGUGGGUGUCACUUUAUGCUCAGGUCCGAUAUCAGGCUCGUUUGUAAAUAAAUACGGAUGUCGAGCGGUAACAAUAGCUGGUUCUAUACUGGCGAGCGCCUGUUUGCUGGCUAGCAUGUGGGCUCAACACGUUAUCACCCUCUACUUCACUAUUGGUCUUGGAACAGGCUUAGGUUUCGGCUUGAUCUACUUGCCCGCGAUCGUAAGCGUUACCUGUUACUUUGAUAAGUAUCGUUCCCUUGCAACGGGAAUUGCAGUAUGCGGUUCUGGCUUAGGUACCUUAGUAUUUGCCCCGUGUCUAGAAUACCUGAUAGCGAGGUACGGAUGGCGAGGGGCGCUUAUGAUCUGUUCUGGGAUCGUUUUGAAUUGUAUCGUUCUCGGAGCGCUUUUCAGGCCCAUCGAGGUGGACAAAUCGCAACAGAGAAGUUCUCCAGAGAAAUCCUUGAAAGAUACGAAUACAAAAUGUCCCCAAGAAGACGAUACAAAAGUAUAUACAGUUAGUUUUCGAAGGAUGAGCAAUAAUGCCGGUAUAACGACAAUUAGCCAACCCAAUUUAAUUUCAAAAGAUACGUUACAUCAAGAAAGUUUAGAGAAUACCCAAAAAGAGAUACCGAUUUUAAUACAAAGGCAUAACGAAGAAAUGGUUUAUAUACAAUCUUUAAAAACUGAACCUUGUGGUGUAGAAUGUUCAAACUCGGAUAGUAAAAAGUUUAAAGCCUACUGCAAAAACAAAAUAGGUCAUCUCAAAGAAACUAUGGAUCUUUCGAUAUUAAAAGACCCAGUCUUUAUUUUAUUUACAUUUUCCAAUUUUUGCACCAGCAUUGGAUUUUAUGUGCCAUAUGUAUAUGUCAUGCCUCAAGCAGAAGAACAGGGAAUUAAUAAAAAAGAUGCAAGCUAUCUUCUUGCAGUAAUUGGAAUCGCUAAUACUGUAGGUCGUAUAAUCUUGGGAUACAUAUCAGAUAAACCAUGGGUUAAUCGAUUAUUGAUAUAUAUCUUAUGCCUUACAACAUGUGGCAUUUCUACAAUUUUUAGUACAGUAUGUACAUCUUUCGCAACAUUUGCACUUUAUUCGUCCGUAUUUGGAUUCACAUCUGGUGCUUAUGUCGGUCUGACAUCUGUAAUUUUAGUAGACUUAUUGGGUUUGAGACGUCUUACAAAUGCUUUUGGUCUACUUUUAUUAUUUCAAGGUUUCGCGUCACUCUUAGGCCCACCGAUUGCUGGGUGGCUAUAUGAUGCACUUGAGUCUUAUGAUCCUGGAUUUUUCACUGCUGGUGGUAUGAUUACUGUUAGUGGACUAAUAUUAUUUUUUAUACCACUUAUUCAACGAAAGGUAAAGCAAAAUGUAAAUAAUAACAAAAUGAAAAAUACAAUAAACAAUGAACCUAUUUAA